ACUACCACUACCGAUAUGCGCUGUGCACGCGAGGCAGGCUGCUGCAUUGUUGUGAUCGUGCUGGAGAGUGUUGGCGGUGUGCGGAGUGGAGGGGAGUGGAGUGGAGUUCAUUGGAGUUUCUAGUCGGAAGCCGAGAUUCUUUAGGCUCCCUGGCUGGUGUGUGUGUGUAGAAAGUCGGGAAGGCAUGCCUACAAUGCUUACUGUCCAGGGGGUUAUUACUUCAUGGAAGUAACACGAUAUCGAAUUAAGAUUGUCAACACACAGCGAAGGGAACCGUCAUUCUAGACUGGAAUGUGCUCAUCCUGUUCGGGCAGCUAGGGUAAAGUUUGGAAAUCAUGGAGAUGGAAAAUAACAUGAAGGAAAAUUGGAAGCAGGAAAUGUGGGAGAGGUCAAGAGAUCGAAUUGCAGAGAUUUAUCAACGUGUUUCUUCUAUCGACAUAGAAGCGUUUCUUAAAACGUCCAUUAUAGGAAUCGUUGGAAAGGACAUCAUCGAACAUGCCCGGCGGAAAACUUCCGUUGUAAGGAAUGCGGGAAAGAACAUGCUUUACCAAGCUCGGCAGAAGUAUGACUCUAAGGGCCUAGAGAAGCAUUUAAAGCUGAGGAAAUUCGUUGCGGGUAUCCGCUCGGGGCGCUUGGGAUACUUGCUUUUAGUGUUAGCCGCUCUCUGUACAUUGACCGUACCAUUGAUGUUCCAGAGUACAUACAUUCCACAAGAGGACUGGGAAUUGGAAAGAGCUAUGGCCAUUCAGUUUCAUCAAGGAAGAGGGGUGGAUGAAACAUUUAAUCGAAAGAUGAAGCUCGCGCAGGAGAAAAAUCUUAUUUAUGAAGAGGGGAAAAAAUCAUCGGAAAUCUCUCACAGGUGGAAUUCUGGUCAAGUAGGGAGGGAGGUUUCUGGAGGCCAUGAUGCCUACAUACUGGAUUCGGAGGUCAACAUUUUUGCGGGAAAGAAUGAGAGGCAGCACAAAGUAAUAUCAACGAAACCUGCAACGCGAGGAAGAAACAGGUCGAAACGCUACAACAUUAUCGAAGAAGUUAUCAAGCGCGCUCUUGAAAAGAGUACAGCUGGCUUCGAUGAAAAAGAAACUGAACAAGAUAUCAAGUUAGAUUCUCAUGCAGUUGUUCUAUCGGAAAAAACUAUGUCAUUAAGUGAUACUCAAGAAUCGUUGAACAUGACUCCUUUAAGAGCUAAUUCCACCGUUGACUCUGAGGGAUUAUCCAAUGGGUUUUCUGAGGCAUUCAAUGAAGUACUGAAGCUGGCAAGUGAAGCCAAUAAAACAGCAGGGAAACAUUCUGUUCAUCUGCAGGAGGAGGCCUCAGUGACAGAGUCCUUACCCACUCACAAACCUGCAGAGCUUGAUGUGCAAGUUCGUGAAGUUGUUGACCGUGCUUCCCAAAAGCUUUCAGAAGCGGAGGAUGAGCCUUCUGGGAAAGGUACAAUUGCUUCGUUCGGACUCUAUUCUGAAGAAAACAAAGAAAACGUAUCGGUUGGUGAGGGCAUGGAGGCUUCUCAUAAUACUCCUCAGACCAAGCCCAUGUUUGCCAAGAAUGUAGAAGAGGGUAAAUCUGAAUUACUCAAAUCUAACUCAAUGGAGGAUAAAGAUAAACAUCAAACUAACAUCCUAUCAGGCAAUGAAGGAAACACUCUAAUUCAGACACAAACCAGCACAGCUAGCAGAGAUUCUGAUGUUGUAAUGGCGAAUGUUGGAAAAGUCAAAUCCAUGGAUCUUAGCACAGAAAAUGUCGAUAACUCUAAUGAGUUGAAGAUCAUCCAGGGACGUGACCCUGAAGUUACAGUAGUCGAAUCAAGUAGGGAGGCUGGUAAUAGCCUGGAGAAUUCUAGCGAAUCAAUCGUCAAUGCUACGGAAACUAACAACAAUUUCACAAGCAUGAAAGAUGAAGAUGACAUAAAGGUAGUUGGUGUGAUGGAUGGUGAAAAACUUGAUGACGAUGCUGCUGAAGAACAGGAACUGCAAGCUGAAGUUCGGCAAGAGAAUAGCGAUGAGUGGCCUCAAGAAUCUGCGCUUAUCUCUUCAUUGAGACUGAGAGCUACAUCUGGUACGCUAAGAGUCGGACUGUUGAACAUGGAGGCAACAGAUUUUCUGCGCUGGCAAUUUCUUGCCGGUGAAAGGCCAAUUAUUAUUCCAUUCGAGAGAGUGAACGAGGCAGUGGACUGGAAUCAACUUUAUCCAGAAUGGAUAGACGAGGAAGAGACAUAUGGAGCUCCCAUAUGUCCCGCAAUCCCUAUGCCAAAGAUUAGCCCUGAAGUACAGCUUGAUGUAGUGAUUGCGCGUGUCCCUUGCGCUUCCUCUGCUCUCCAAGAAGGUUGGAAACAACCCGCUUCCCUUCAGGUCCUCCUUGGAGCUGCAAGCCUUGCCGUGAAUGCAGGAAAUGGAAGUAUUUAUGUGCUCAUCUUGAGUGAAUGUCGACCUCUUGUGAAUCUCUUCUCUUGUGGAGAACUUCUGGAGCAUCGUGAUCAGGGCUGGCUUUAUCAAGUGAAUGUAGAACAGCUUAAAAAACGCACCUCGAUGUCUGUUGGUUCGUGCCAGCUUUCUAUCCCUCUUCGAGGACAAGAUACCUCAUUAGAUACGGGAGCUUCGAACUUGCAUAAAGAAGCAUAUGUUACUAUUCUUCACUCUGGAGCAGAUUAUGUUUGUGGAGCAAUUGUAACCGCUCACAGUAUUCGCAAGACAGGCUCCACCAAGGACCUUGUUAUCCUCGUCGAUAGCAGUAUUUCGCCUGAGCAAAGGCAGGCACUAGGAGAGGCUGGGUGGGAGGUGCGUGAUUUGGAAAGGAUAUACAAGUCGAACAUAGUGGAAGGGAAACAGUGUGAGAAAGACUUCAGCAGAUUUCGGUUGUGGCAGAUUACUGAUUACAACAAGGUGGUGUACGUUGAGGCGGAUGUCCUUGUGCUUCGCAACCUUGACCAUCUUUUUAGCAUGCCUGAAAUUUCGGCAAGUGGAAGCACGAAGACCUUGUUCAAUUCUGGUGUGAUGGUCGUCGAGCCUUCCAACUGUACUUUCCAACUUCUUAUGGAUGAGAUGGAAAAGAUUAUAUCAGAGACCGGUGGUGAUUGGGACUUCUUCAACAGAAUUUUCCCUUGGUGGCAUCGGAUUCCCAAGCACAUGAAUUAUCUGAAGUAUUUUUGGACAAGAUCACGAACUAGUGAGGUUGACUCCUCGAACAGGCUGUUUUCCGCGGAACCUCCUCAGUUGUAUGCCAUCCACUAUUGGGGAUACAAACCUUGGCAAUGCUUUAGAGACUAUGACUGCAACUGGAAUUCUAACAACCACUUUGCCAGCGAUGAAGCCCAUGCUCGAUGGUUCAAGGUGUACGAUGAGUUGCCGGAGAAUCUGCAGAAGUUUUGUUCACUGUCCACAGGUACAAAGGCGUACCUUGAACAUAACAGGCGGGUAGCUGAGGCUGCAGCCUUAGAAGACAAGCACUGGGCUAUCACCAUCACUGAUCCAAGAUUGAACGUCUGCCUAGAGAACCAUUGUGACUGGAAUGCUCUCCUCUCAUAUUGGGAUAAGACUGUCAAUUCCUCGAGUUCAGUGCUUGCCUGAACGAAAUGAGCAGAAAUGAGUUACAUCAACUGAGAAGCUGGUUGCGUACAUUAAUCCAUUGCUUCGGGAGUGGACUUCUCUGCACUGCUGAAAAUAAUGCCAAGUGUGGAGAUCGGCGACUUCUGUUCGUUCCAUUAACUGCCAGCGAAAGAAUAAUUUUACAAGCUUGGAGGCUUUUAAAGGUGUCAUCAUGAGAUAUUCUUGUGUUCGAUGGGAAGGCACUUUAUUUUUGGCGCGACUUCCGAAUCUUGACGUGAUGACUGCAGAAGUCUUGGGCCUCGUGGUGCAAAGAUCGUCUCGAACCCGAUUAAAGGUGGAGGUCCUCGGGAGACCCACGGCUUUUCAAAGUUGUGUACUAUUUCGGAUCAUGAGCAAUCUUUAUGAUUCUUGCAGUGAAACUUGAAGAGUUUAUUUCGUAGAUGCCUGUGAGGUAGCUUACGCUUCGCACUGCAUUCUGCGACAUAACAAUCACUUAUACGUUAUGAGAGUGACUGCACACGAUUUCAAUGACGAUGUUCAGUAUAAGUGCGGUGAGCGCGGUUCACGUGGUGAUUCUUUGCGUCUUCGUGAUGGACCUUACGAAGAAGUGCCGCAAUUGGACUUCUUUUAGUUGACAACCAAGUGUGUCAAAUACAUCGCCCAAGACAUCAUAAAAAAAUCCAUCUAAUCAGUUCUCACUUACAAACCAGUCUGGAAUUGACAUUUGACUAGUUGACGUGGCAUCAUAUUCGUAUUUGUAUACUGUCUUUUCCAGGUUAAACUAGAAAAAAUUGCUAUAA